AACGGAAAUAGAUGCAUUACAAAACCUGUCAGAAUUGGGAUCACCUCAUAUUCCAAAGAUUUUUCUUCAAAAUGACAACACACUUGUAAUGACUCCAGUCGGCGAGAGAAUUAUUAAUUUGCGAAAAAAAGACAUCGGUGAUAUCAUAACCACCCUCCAAAAAGUUCAUUCACGUGGGAUUAUACAUAGAGAUCUCAAAAAAUUUAACUUUCUUCGUAAUUUGGAUGAUUCAAGUGAAAAUAUUCUUAUUAUCGAUUGGGGUUGCAGCACAAACAACUCUGAAAGCACCACAUUUGCAGGGGUGUUGGGAUGUAUGCCAGACUAUGUCCUGCAAUCAUUAAUCAAUGGAGAAGAGAUUGUUUAUGGACCACAAGUUGAUUUGAUCUGCUUUGUUCGUUCAUUUUAUUUAAUGCUCCAUAGACCAAGAGUUCCCAUCGACAAGGAUGAUAAUAUUGAAGAACAAGCACGUAAGUUGUUAAAUUUCUGGAAAGAUUGUAGACGAUCAGAUGUAUGGAAUAAUAUCUACGAGGCGAUAGAUAAUUUAAGCUAUAAUCAGUUAAUUCAAGAGCUUGAAAGGUUAUUUUAG